AUGGCGGUACAAAGUAAUGGUGAAGCUUCAAGGCAACAGUUAAGAUAUCCCAUUUCAGCAACGAAUAAGAAUCCUCAACAUCCCUCAGAUAGUCCAAUUGUUAGAGCCCAAUUAGCUUUUCAGCAGUCAGCUGGCUCUUCAACUGCUGGAGCUACAAAUAGCCAGCAUAAGAAAUGGAUCAGGACCCAAGAAAGUGGGCAUGCUUUGUGCAAUGGAAAUUGGAGACAGCAGAAUGUUAGCUCGAGAGCAUCUGAUGUGUCUUCCACAAGAUCAGUACAUGAAGCCAAACCUGUCAUGAUGCAGGAUGGUAGUGGAGCCAAAAGGCAACAAAUGACAACUGGAUCAACAACUAAUGCAGAAGCGGAACCUGUGAUGCAGUAUGCUGGUGGAGCCAAACCAAGACUACAACAUUUUAUUAAACAGGAACAAUAUCCACAGAAAGACAGAAAAAGAGAAAAUGAGAAAGAAAGGAAUUCAAAAUGGCAUCAAGGAAAUAAUAAGCAACCUUUCAAGCACUUUCCUUUAAACUUCACCGAGGUGUUAAAGAUGAUUACAGAUAACGACCCCGGUCUUGUUGUUCAGAAAUUUGCUGAAGAAAGUACUGGACUCGGACAGUUGUUGAAAAGCAACCCUGCAAAUUGGGAGAUUGUUGAAUUGAUCCUAGCAGUGAUUGGGAACUUUUGCUUCAACAAAGGGCCCGUGCUCUUUCACAACGCUUUUAUCAAAAUCGUUCAAAUUUUGGGUGACAAUGCAGUUUUUAAGAAUUUGGAGAGUGUUAUACUCAACAUACCGAAAUCUCGAUCUUCAAAUUUGGGUUCCAAAGAAGAACGUUUGACUCGACUAAUUAGGAGCAUAAGUUAUUUGACGACGGAGAUGAUGACGGUGAUGCCAGCGCUCACCUGCGACUAUCUGGGAGAGAGAUUUUUUGAGGACGUGUGUGCUCUUCAAACUAUGCCAUCGUUUAGAGAUUUCAAUGUUAACGAUGCUUUCGACUCGCUUGAAAAAGAGGGAGCUGAUCGCCUGAAGAAUGCUUGGGAACAACACUCAAAAGCGAUAAAAUCCAAUUGCGAUGGAAAUCAAAGAGAGCUUAUCCGAAUUCAACGGCAGGAACUGAUGAUUCAUUUGAAACCGCCAGAUGAUUUUCGAGAACUCAGCGUCAUGCCUGAAUGGGAAGACGUAUGUACGGACGCCGAACCUUUCCUACGACCAAGUCUCAUCAAAGGCACUUAUCCAGACGUGGAUACAUACCUGGAUAUCCAGUUCCGACUGUUGCGUGAAGAUUUCUUAAAUCCGUUGCGAGAAGGACUUGUCGCCUUCAGAGAAAAGAUAGAAAAACAGAAGAAACAGCAAAUUCGUGUGGACAACAUUAGGCUGUAUUAUGACGUGAAGAUCGAAGAUGAUGACGACAGCUCGGUCAGCGGAAGUAGUUACAUUUUGGAUUUUUCAACCAAAGGCUUUCAACGGGUUAACUGGGAAGGCAGCAAGCGAUUGCUUUUUGGAUCUCUACUUUUGUUGUCGGCCGAUAAUUUCAACUCCUUCAUGCUAUUCACUGUCGUUGACAGAAAACCUGAGCAGCUGUCACUCGGUAGAAUUAAAGCAAAAUUUGAGGGUGAAUCUUUACCAACGUAUGCCAAGAAAGAAAAUUUUGUGAUGGCUGAAUCAUCUGUGUUCUUUGAAGCUUAUCGUAGUGUGUUGAUUGCACUCCAGCGUAUAAGUCCGGCUCACUUUCCCAUGGAAGAUUAUAUCCUUUGUCAGAAUGUUUUGCCAACUGAACCGGAAUACCUGAAAAAGACUCCUGACCCCAUCUACAAUUUGACAUCAGUACGAAAAACAUUUUCCCGUUCGUUGUCUGGUGGAAAUGCAAAUAAAGAAAAUGAGGACGACGUAAAAGUUAACAAAGAGCUUCAGCUGAACCCCGAGAGGUUGCUGUCGCAUGUGUCGAUACUCGGCCAAAGUUUGCCUGAUGCCGAAACUCUGGAACUUGAUCCAAGUCAAGCAGAAGCCCUUUAUGCCGCCUUGACUAGAAAACUAGUUUUGAUUCAAGGACCUCCAGGAACAGGGAAAACGUAUCUGGGCCUUAAAAUUGUUCAAGCACUACUGGACAAUAGGAAGUAUUGGGUAGGGGUUAAGAAACACCAGCCUCCUCCUAUUUUAGUGAUUUGCUACACAAAUCACGCGCUCGAUCAAUUCCUUGAAGGAAUCUUGAAGUUCACGACGAAAAUCGUCCGGAUUGGUGGACAGUCGAAAUGUGAAGCCCUUCAGCCGUACUCACUCCGCGAAUGGAUAUUUUCGAGAAAUCGGUUUUCUUUUACAAGUGAAGAAAGGACUGCUCAAUAUCACAAUUGGUUGUGGGAAGCCCGCGACAAAUUGCGUGACACGAAAGAUGUGCUCGAAAGUCGUCGCCAAGAACAAAAGAUUGUUGAAUCUUCUGGCAUCGUUCAUGAGAAAACCUUGUCAAGUUUGGGAGUACUAUCCAAGAGCGUGUACAGUAAAUUUUUCGCCAUGACGAAGAUGAAAUCAAGCAACUAUUCUGGUUGGUUAUUGUCUUGUUGGCUUGGAUUGGAAUCGAUUCACAUUUUAAAAGACAUCGUCUGGACUUUAAAGAAACAUUUCCCCAAAUCACAAAAGCCUCCAAUGAAAGUGUUUACAAAACCUGUUCCAGUUGUUAAUGAAUCUCACAACGAGGAAGAAUGGGAUAAAGAAGAUGUCGAGGAAAUUCAAGGAGAAAGAAUGUCGGGCGAUGAUAAUUUAUGGAAUUUCGCCGAUGCUAAGGGAGAAAAGUUGCCAAAACCUGAAUUAGAAAGAAAAAUGGCAGGAUUCCAAUUUGCCAUUUCCACUUCAAUGCUUGACGACGAAAUGAGUUACUUGUUGGAGAUUCUAGAUGAGCCAGAUUAUGGUGAUUUUGAGCCAGCUCAAUCCCGGAUAGCUCAAAUCCAGCAACAAAAACAUUUCCUCUCGGAGAUUCUUGAAAUUCUUCCAGACACCGAAAUCGAUGAUUACAAGCAGAUGAUUGAAAAAGAUCUUUGGCGCCUUUCAUACGUGGAUCGUUGGAAAAUUUACUCCUAUUGGAGAGCGAGAACUUCAGAAAUAUUGGUUGCUGAGGUAAACUCGUUGAAAAUGCAACUUCUACAGCAAACAAAUGAAAUAAAAGACAUCGAAACAAUUGAAACUGCCGAGAUUAUCCGCAAUGCCCAUGUUGUCGGAAUCACAACCACGGGAGCAGCCAAGAAUAGAGCGCUAUUAGAACAUCUGAAAUCAAAAAUCGUCGUUGUUGAAGAAGCAGCCGAGGUAUUGGAGGCACAUAUUGUGACGUCUUUGUCGUCCUCUUGCGAGCAUUUGAUUUUAAUUGGCGAUCAUCAACAGCUACGGCCUCCUACAACAGUGUAUGCAUUAGCGAAGGAUUAUCACUUGGAUGUUUCACUCUUUGAGCGUUUAAUAAUGAACGGGGUGGAGCCAAGUGUUUUGGGUGUUCAACACCGAAUGAGACCCGAUGUUGCCCGACUGAUUGUUCCUGCUAUUUAUCCAAAUUUGGAAAACCACCAGUCGGUAACGAGAUACUGGAAUGUGCCUGGAAUGGCAGAAAAUGUCUUUUUCCUGUCGCAUUCGGAACGAGAAAAGGGAGACCUAUCGGAUCAAGAAAGCCGCAGCCACUUGAACCCGUAUGAAGCAGACAUGGCCUUGGCUCUAGCUCGCCACCUGUUGAUGCAAGGCCUGGAACCAAAGCAAAUCACUAUAUUGACAACUUAUUCCGGCCAGUUGUUGCAUUUCAAAAAGUUGCGAAAAAGUCACGCGAUUCUUCAGGACGUCCGCAUCUCGAUUGUUGACAAUUUUCAAGGCGAGGAAGCAGACAUAAUCAUCCUGUCUUUGGUGCGAAGCAACGACGAAGCUCAAAUUGGAUUUCUCAAGACAGAAAAUCGCGUUUGUGUUGCCCUUUCUCGUGCCAAGAAAGGAUUUUAUCUUAUUGGCAACAUGGGAAAUUUAGCAGCGAGUAGUAAACUCUGGCGAGAAGUGAACAAAGUUUUGACAUCGAACGGACAGAUUGGACCCUAUUUCGACCUACAAUGUGGAGUGCAUCGUACUAUCAUAAAGGCCAAUCAAGUUUCCGAUUUUCCGCCAGAGGGUGGAUGUUUCCAAAAGUGUCUCACUCCGAUGCCCUGUGGACACACAUGCCGCAAACUUUGCCAUUUUGAAGAUCGCGAGCAUACGCGACAAAAUUGCCUCGAAGCCUGCUUGCGCUCCUGUUCUGUUGGCCAUCGUUGCCCCAAACGGUGUUACGAGGAUUGUCAUCCUUGUUUGACGGAAAUUCCGAAAACUCUUUUACCUUGCAAUCACACUCAAAUAACCGAGUGUCACAAAGACCCGCGAAAGGAAUAUUGUCUUACAAAAGCUUUCCAAACUUGUCAACACACAAUUGAACUAGACUGUGAUUGCGAUCAUAUGUGCAAUCGCAUCUGUCACCAGAGAAAAUCGCAUGCCAAAUUGCCGUGCACCCAACCGUGUCGCCGCUUGACCUGCCCUGAAAAACAUCCUUGUCCAAAGCAGUGUUCUGAAAAGUGCGAAAAAUGUGUCGUUGAUGUGAUUAAGAAACUGCCUUGUGGCCAUGAUGGGGAAAUCAAAUGCUGGCAGCUCCCCAAAGACAUCUACUGUAAAAUCAAAGUUGAGAGAACUCUUUCCGCCUGCGAGCAUACGGCCUUUUUCGACUGUAGUCAAUCCACUGAUGGAUACAAAUGCACUCGCCAGUGUGGGAAACUGCUGUGUAACGAUGGGCACAUAUGCCGGAAGCCUUGCUGUGAACCCUGUGGCCCUUGUAAUAAUCAAGUGAAGCGCACAUUAAGCUGCGGCCACGAGAGACUGACGGCGUGUUACAAGGAUCCUCUGACAAUCAAAUGCAAGUUCCCGAAAGAAGUUAUUUUACCCGAUUGCGGCCACAAGGUCGAAAUCGCCUGUGCCGAUAAUCCCGAAACAGCUCUCUGCCCAAGACCUUGUGACACUCGUCUCAAUUGCGGCCAUCAGUGCACGGAAUCCUGUCAUGUCAAAAAUGAUCCUCACCACGAAAUCUAUCUCUGCAAGAAAGCGUGCAGUCGGAAUAAAGAAGAUUGCAAACGGGAUCACAAGUGCGGAAGGAAAUGUUACGAGGAGUGUGACCCAUGUAUCAUCAAGAUCGAACGCCAAUUACCCUGUGGCCAUUCUCAAGUUGCAGAAUGUUGUCUAAAUGAUGAAGAAAUCAAUUGCAGGGAAAUGGUCAACAAAACUAUUCCUGAGUGUAUGCAUUUGAUUCGUGUUGAGUGUUCCACCAUUGCAAGUCGCCAGUUGUGCAAACAGCCGUGUGAACAAGUUCUGAGUUGUGGUCACCCAUGUAAAAAGAAAUGCAUGGAAACGUGUUCCUCUUCAGAUUGCCAAGAACUAGUACAGACUACCGUCUUAAGUCCCUGUGGUCACCCCGUGCUGAAGACUUGCAGUGAUUUUAAUUCAUCUCCUGAAGUGACAGAAACACAGUUGGAGAAAUUUCUACAAGAGUGCCCACAAAAGUGUGACGUCAACUUGCCUUGCGAGCAUUCGUGUAAAGGAUCCUGUGGACAGUGUUUCAACUGUCGUCUUCACAAAGCCUGUCAGGAAAAAUGUGGACGAACACUAGUUUGCGGACAUAACUGUGGUGUGAAUUGUGCCGCGUCUUGUCCUCCUUGCAAGAAACCGUGCGAAUAUCGUUGUCGACACAGCAGAUGUCGCAAGAAUUGCUGCGAGCCCUGCGUCGAUUGCGUUGAACCCUGUGGUUGGAAAUGUGAACAUUACUCGUGUUCACUCAAAUGUUUUGAAUUUUGCAUCCGGCCACGUUGCGAUGAACCCUGUCGGAAACGUCUCCCGUGCGGCCAUUUAUGCGUUGGGCUCUGUGGGGAAGUCUGCCCUCCUCUUUGCCGUGUUUGCCACAAGGACCAGCUGACGGAAUUCAUUCUUUAUGGCAACGAAGAAGAAGAUGACGCCAGAUUCAUCUAUUUGGAAGAUUGUAAGCACACUAUAGAAGUAGAAGGGAUGGAUCACUGGAUGGAGAUGAAGGAAGAAGAAACUCGUGAAAUCCAAAUGAAAUGCUGUCCGCGCUGUAAAACUAUCAUCCGCUCAUGCUACCGCUACGGGAAUGUCAUCAAGCGAAAUUUCGGAGACAUUGUUGAAGUCAAGAGAUUGCUUUUACGUUCUCGUACCAGCUCAAAGGAUUUCGCCGAGAAGCAUCUCAAGCAGAUUGUGGCAUCCAUUGCUGUAAAUAGGGAGCUGACUACUCAACUUGACCACAGUAUCACGGAUCUCAUCAUCUUUAGACUGGAAGAAAUUCGGAAUUCUCUAAUUCCUACUGUUGUACGGAAAAAACCUCAGUAUAGAAGUUUGGAUGAAGAUACGCGCUCUGUGAUUCAAGUUCAAGUUGAUGUCAUAGAGAGAGUUUUAAGCGUCGUAAAAAAGGCCCCAGCAUCUUCAUCGAAGGAUAAUCAAGUCCCAGUUUUGUCGAUGAGUCGCCCUUUGCUGGAGGAUCUUCUAAAUCGAACACAACAACUUCUUUCAUCGCUAUUCAACCGCAAACGAUUUUCGUCUCAGGAACACGAAUGUUUCAUUGCCGAAGUCUACCGCUUGAAGUUAAUUCGAGCCUUCUUCUUGUUGAAGAGCUCCAUUUAUAACCAAGAUUCUUUGAUAAGUGAAGAAAAUCGACAGGUAGAAGAACUGUUGAUGAAGAAUGUGAAACCACUGAAGGAUGAAGAAAUCGCCACGAUCAAAGAUAUUUUGCAGAGGAUGGACAAAAAACUUAAGACUGGACUUGGCAUCAGUGAUGUUGAACGGGAGCAAAUCGUUGAAGCCCUGAAAAAUGGAAAGGAUAAAAUAACACAGGGCCACUGGUUCAAAUGUCCAAACGGCCACAUCUACGCAAUUGGAGAGUGCGGUGGAGCGAUGCAGGAAGCAAAAUGCAACGAAUGCGGAGCACCGAUUGGCGGAGGGAAUCAUAGGCUGCUCUCGGGCAAUCGCCAUGCAGGCGAAAUGGAUGGAGCUCGAUUUGCUGCAUAUUCAGAGGAGGCGAAUAAUAUGGCCAAUUUUCAAAUGGACGAUUAAGUUUAUCACUCAUCUAUGUGAAGUGUUGACGGCCUUAAUUAGUUCAAUUAGUAUUUUUUGUUUGCUUUGUUGUUGGUUGUCAUAGAUAAUCCAGUUGGCCUAAACCUUUUUACCGAAAUUUCCUCAUGUUUCGCUGAGUAUGUCCGUUAACUUAGCUUUGUGGUAUAGCUAUCGUAAUCGAGUUAAGACUUUAUUUUGUUCGAAAUUAUUUGUGGUAUGAUACAGUGAAUUUAACCGAGA